AUGACGGGCACAAAGACCAAGGCCACUAUUGGUGUCCUGUCGACCAUCAUAUCGUACAUGUGUAUAAACAGCAUACUGAGAGUAACCAACCCCGAAGCAUUCAUUUGGUCAGCUGAAGACAGAGAAGAGGCGAGCUGGAUCGCAACCUCCAAGUCAUGGAUCGACCGCAAGUGUUGUCGAUGGCUUGGAGUUUGCGGCGGAGCACAUGUGCAGUUCGUUACUGAAGGCGACAGAUUUGGGCACCGUCCCGUUCUCAAAAACAGACAUCGACUAGUCGAUCCAAAACCAGAUUGGGACUGGCAGCAUGCCUGGACGGAGGGAAAUGAUCGACCCGAAGAUUGGACUGAUGAUGAACGUGUCUUGAGAGAAAUUCCCGACUAUGUGAUGGAAUACGCACCCCUGGUCCAUCUGUACUCCGGAGAGCAAUUCUGGCCCUGUGAUGUUGCCGAGCAUCUCUAUCACAUCACUCCGGCAUUGAACUAUACCCCUCUGCAAUCGGAACAGAGACACCCAAAUUUGAACAAUCUAAACCAGCUGAACGAGUGGCAGAACGGUAGGUGGGUGUUUCUGACCAGCAACGACAACGUGGAGGAACGGCCAGAAUGGUUGGAGGGUGAAAAAAACAUUCCCAGUGAACCCUCGAAUCCGGAUGACUUGUUUGAAGACAACGAAGGGUGGGUCCACAAGCCCGGUCGAACAUAUGUCCAAGGGUUAAAGGAUGCCAUGGCCGAUCUGAAAGACUGGUUCGGACCUGAUGUUGAGGAUUUGGAACAGACCAAAGAUUUUCAAAUGACAUUCUCCGGCCAAUCAGAGGAGAGCAUGGCGGCACACCGCGUCCAUCAUGAAUUGAGACGCUCAACCAUUCGAGAUCACGCGCCGGGCAAGAUUCGAGGUGGCCGAAGCGACGCUCCUGCAGUAUUGGUCACCGUCAACAAGGGCCAUGGCAUCGUCGACGCCUUCUGGUUCUUCUUUUACAGCUUCAAUCUUGGGAACGUGGUCCUCAACAUUCGCUUUGGCAACCACGUGGGCGAUUGGGAGCACACCGCUAUCCGAUUCCAACACGGUAAGCCCAAAGCCGUCUUCUUCAGUGAACACAAUUUUGGCUCCGCUUACAGCUACGAUGCUGUCGAGAAACUGGGAAAACGUCCAGUCAUUUACUCCGCGUACGGCACGCAUGCCAUGUAUUCGACCCCGGGAACACACCCUUACAUUUUACCAUGGGGCAUCCUCCAUGAUGUGACUGAUCGCGGGCCUCUGUGGGACCCCGCGCUGAACUCGCACGCCUAUACGUACGACUACAAAGCGGAUAUCCUACGUUCGUCCAACCUCACCCCCUCGGCGCCGACUGAGUGGUUCCAGUUCAGAGGCCGUUGGGGUGACAAGUUCUACCCGCUCAACGACAAACGACAAUACCGCUUUGCGGGCCAAUAUCACUAUGUGAACGGACCUAAAGGACCCAAGUUCAAGGAUCUCGACCGUAAGAAGAUCUGCGCCGGACCCGAAGAGUCACCAUGUGUGAUCAAGAACUGGUUAAGUAGCGGUGACAAAAUUGGUCGUUUACACCUGACGAAUGAGAAUGGAGAAGAUGAUCUAUAUGAUCUAUGA